UGAAAAAUUAUUUACAUAAUGAAACUGUUGUUAAUGAUACCCUUUACGAAUUGUACAUGAUUGUGAUCAAAUGGGAACGGAUGAAAGUUGUCCUUCUGCUACAACUUAAUGGAGGAAAAAUAAAGUCUAAUGAAAAUAUAAGACUUCGAUUGUUAAAAUUACUUUUAAUCAAUUGAAUGACGGGACUAUGUUUUAUCAAUAUUCUUAAGAAUUCUUGAUAAAAAGUUUUGCGUUUUUUCUAAUUUGUGUCGUGAAUAAAAAUUUUAGUAUUUACGUAGUUUAAUUAUUUUUUUAGAAAUCGUUUGCCAAUUCAUACGUUAAUUUUUUCAAAUUGUUGUGUAACUCUUUUUUUUACUUACAGAUUGGGUAAUCUUAUCCUAAAUUUCUUUUAAUGUUCAAGAGAAAAAUUGGCGAUAAAAAACUACAAAAAAAGAAGACGACUGGUCAAAUAAUGAUUUACACAACUCAAGGAAUCUUGCAUCGAUCAAAAUUUGCUGGUUUUGAUAUGGAUUGUACUUCUAUUAAAACAAAAUUUGGACGUGUUUUCCCUCCAAAUAAUGAUGACUUGCAAUUUUGAUCAAGAGGUACUAUUGGAAAAUUAAAGAGAUGUCAUGAAGAUGGGUUUAAAUUGUGUAUAUUUACAAAUCAAAUGAGAAUCCAGUUUGUGAUUUUUUAAUAAAUAAUUCAAUGGUUAGGUUGUUAUGCUUCAGGGGUUGGGUUAUUUGUUUUAUCAAAAAUAUCUUUUGCCGUCUAACGUUUUGGUGGGGUUGCCUACAAUUAAACCAAUCUUCUUUUAUUCCAUCAUGAUAGUGGUUAGAGGUCGGCACAGGACAGUAUCC